GUUACGUAAUUUUUGAUAAUGCAUUUAUUGAAAUGAUCAUCCAAAAAAGAAUUCGUAGAUUGAGUUUUAGUGGUUGUAAUUUGUCGUUUAACGGACCAAUUAAUAUUUCAUAUCAACUUAUUGACUUGUAUGAUUUAGACAUUUCAAACACGACUUUCAUAACACAAGGUAAUAUAUCAUUAAAUGGUGUUCUCAUGAAUAAAUUGUUUCCUUCUCUGAAUAAUUUAGAUGCAUCUCUCUUACAAACUAGGCUCUUGGAUAUAAAUUACGAAUUUCUACAGAAAACAACAAAUUACUACGGCUGCAAUGAAAGCCAGCUCCUCAUAAGAUUUCUUUUCAAAAUUACAGACCUGAAAAUCAAUCGGAUAUUGUCAAGAUCUGUUCAAGUUAACGGCUCAUUUAUUAAUCUGUCAAAAUGUCAAAUAAAUACGCAAUCACUACAAAUAAGGUCAAAUCAUUUACAUUAUUUGAAUGUAACAAUACUUUGGCCCAAGAAUACACCUUUAAUUAACGUUGAUCUGUCUUCAAAUGACAUAGAAUAUUUAUCUCCAUCGUUUUUAGGGUCUGCAACGUCGUUAGAAAUAUUAAACCUUUCAGACAACCAGUUGCAUUUAAUGGACUCUUUGAUCGAGUUUAGAUAUCUGUUUACGAAACACAAAAAAUUAAGACAUUUAGAUAUUUCUAGGAACAGUAUAAAGCUACUCCCGUUAACAAUAUUUUCUUAUAAUCUCCACUUAACAACGUUAGAUUUGUCUCAUAACAAACUUACUUCUAUCAGUUUCAAUCUGAAAAAUCUUCUGCAAUUACAAUUUCUGAAUCUACGAAAUAAUGAAAUUUAUCAUAUAGACGGUAAGGAAUUGAAUUCAUUAAAUGCGUUUGUAGCUGAGUCUUCUUCACAACCGCGUGUUAUAUAUUUUGAGCAUAAUCGUUUCAUUUGUAAUUGUAAAUCAUCACGUUUUAUUAAAUGGUUACACGUUUACAUGACAAAUAAUUAUACUCAAAUUUUGACAUGUUCUUUGAAUGAUAAAGAUGACGUCCUUAUUGAUGACGCUGUUAUUAAAGAGGCGGAGUUUUCUUGCAUUCGUUCAAAGGUAAUUAUUGCUUCAGUUUUAACGGUCGUAUCUAUAAUAACUUUGGUUUCUUUAGCAAUUUGCUUCAUAAUAUACAAGAGGAGGAAACAGGAAAGGAUGAGGAAAAGAGGAUAUUUUAUAACAAAUUUCAAACUUGGUAAUGUCCCGGAAAAGUAUUUGUGUUUUGUUUCUUAUUCUAGCGAAGAUUAUAAAGCAGACAUUCGACAGGUUACAGCUCGGACAAAAGAAUCAUUGCAAGAAUUGAUUCAGACAAGUAAAGAAGUUCUUUGUGUGAUCGAUGAACAUGUUAACCUUGGAUUUCCAAUCGUUGAUGAAAUAAUGCGGUGCAUUAAAGAAAGUUGUGUUGGACUUUUUUUUGUUACUACGAAUUUUUGUCAAAGCCAGUGGUGUGAAAUGGAACUUCGAGAAACCUACGAGUUAAACAAACCUAUUAUACUUAUUUUCAAAGAAGAAAUUGACACAAGGAUUAUGUCUCCAUUAAUGUUAAAAAUCUUCCAACAGUUUACGAGAGGUAAACUGGUUGUUACAGAGCAUGGUGACAUACAAAUGAUACCAGAUAUUCAAGAAUUAUCGAAUUCUAUUCUAAAACUGGCAUCUUUACGAUAUAAUGGAAACAUUGAAGUAAAUAAGACUUCGUUUUAGUAUAAUUUCACUUGAUUGUAACGUUUGUCACAUGUGUAGCUACUAAAAGUAAUCUCAUUGUAACAUACUUUACGGCUAUUACAGACAAUCAUCCAUAGCGAAAGGAUUGAACGUAUGUCUUCAUUGAACACCGCUCUUUUUUUGUUAAUCUUUGAUUACAUAAUUUCAGUCUGAACAAUUAAUAUCAUAAUUGAAUAUAUAUGACAACCAGUGUUUAUUGUUGAAUAAAGUGAUCAUCCAAGAACAUGAACUUUUUAUUAAUAAUAUAAUAAGUUAAUUUACACAUUUUAGCGGGAAUAAAGUGGCAUGUAAAACUAAAAGAUACAGUAUUUUUCAAUUCCUUUGGUUUAUAGGCGGAUUAAACAAUAACAUUAACUGAACGUUAUUAAACAGACACUUUAUAUAUAACUAACUUAAAUGAUGUGGGUUCUGUGCAUGUUUAUAAAAUAAAAACAACAUUUCGCAACUUUAUGUAAGAUCAAUCGUUGCGCAACUUUAUCUAAGAUCAGUUGUUAUAAAAAUUUAGAUGCAUUUUAGGAUACCUGGAAGAAAUUUAUAAUGUAAUCUUGUGUUAUGAGAAGCAGAGAAAAAAUAUUAAUAUCAAGUUUUCAUUAUCAUAUACAAAGAUUUUAUGAAAAAAUAAAUUGAAAUUCAUCAUUACAUUUAAAAUUUCAUAACAUUUAAAAUUGAAGGACUAACAAAAUUUUAUUCUGAUUUAUAAUUUUGUUGAAAUCAAAAUUCAUAGAAUAUUCGAACCAGCAUUUAUGUUUUGUUGUUGUUGUUUUGAGACAUUAAAAUGAAAUCAAAGUGAAACCAAUACGGAAAAAUUGAAAUUGUUACGGGUUUAGUUUGAUUGGGCCAGGCCAGACACUGUUGCGAAUCUACACUUCCUUGUGUUGUGAUAACUUUUGUGUAUAUAUUUUGCUAAAUAUAUAUUUACUUUAUAUAUUCAUUGCUCAUUCCGAUUAGUGUUCAGAAGGUUUAUCGGUGAGCGUAGAUAAUUGUAAAUUAGCAAAGUAUAAUCAACGAAUCGAAUAAGAUUCUUUAUGAUAAGUAAUUUAUAAGUAUUGAACGAAAAAUCUUUCGCUUUUUAGGUGAAUUUUGCAAUGAAUAAUUAAUGUAACCCAUGAGUCACUUUUCCAAUCCAGGAAGUUCAGAAAUCUAUCGUCAACCAUAAUAUGAAACCUCGUAUUGAAAUUAUAAUACAUGUAUACAUUUUUCUUUAUUUGAGUGUAGGAUUGAGAGAAGUCUAGUAUUAAAAUUUGCAUCAAAGGGUCA